GUUCAGCUUCAACAGCAACAGCAACAGCAACAGCAACAGCAUUGCGUCUAGCCAUAACACCUGGUAAAGAUGACCUCCAGUAACAUGAACAUGAUGAGCAGGAUUGUCUUCUACGAGGACAGGAACUUUCAGGGCCGCUCCUAUGAGUGCAUGAACGAUUGCCCUGACAUGUCCUCCUAUAUGAACCGCUGCCACUCCUGCAGGGUGGAGAGGGGCUGCUUCAUGGUCUACGACCGCUCCAACUUCAUGGGAAACCAGUACUUCAUGAGGAGGGGCGAGUAUGCCGACUACAUGAGCACGAUGGGCAUGAAUGACUGCAUCAGGUCCUGCCGCAUGAUCCCCAUGUACAGAGGCUCUUACAGGAUGAGGAUCUACGAGAGGGAGAACUUCCAGGGCCAUAUGCACGAGAUGAUGGACGACUGCGAUAACAUCAUGGAUCGCUACAGCAUGUCCAACUUUAUGUCCUGCAACGUGAUGGAUGGCCACUGGCUGAUGUACGAGCAGCCCCACUACAGAGGCAGGAUGAUGUACAUGAGGCCUGGAGAGUACAGGAACUUCAUGAGCAUGGGCUUGAGUGGCAUGAGAUUCAUGAGCAUGAGGCGCAUCAUGGAUUCUUGCUACUAGAUCACGACACGAUGUUGUAGCUAUGCUUUUGUAGGCUCAUUCUAGAAAAUGUGCGACUUUGUAAGCUAAUUUUCAGCAAUGUACAGUUGUCACCGACUGUAUCAAAUCGACUGAAAUGUACAUAUACUUCUGUGCUGAGGGCUACAAAAGAGAAAUCAUAAGAACAUCUAAUAAAGUCUACUUACUGCAUAAUA